AUUUAUCUCAGACUAAAGCCUCCACAGAUCAAGGAUGUUGAUUCUUCUGGCUUUCAUUAUUGUGUUUCACAUAACCUCAGCAGCACUGCUGUUCAUCUCAACUAUUGACAAUGCCUGGUGGGUAGGAGAUAAUUUUUCUACAGAUGUCUGGAGAACGUGUGCCACAAAUACUAGCACCUGUACGGCUAUUACCGAUCAAUUCAGAGAAUAUCAAUCAGUUCAGGCUGUUCAGGCCACCAUGAUCCUAUCUACUAUUUUCUGUUGUGUGGCAUUUCUGGUUUUCAUUCUUCAACUCUUCCGUCUAAAGCAAGGAGAAAGAUUUGUGUUAACCUCUAUUAUCCAGCUCCUGUCAUGUCUGUGUGUUAUGAUUGCAGCUUCCAUUUAUACAGAUAGGCACGAAGAACUACACAAGAGCCAUGAAUAUAGCAUUGAAGUUUCUAAAGGCCGAUACGGCUAUUCCUUCGUCUUAGCCUGGAUUGCAUUUGCCUUUACUCUGAUCAGUGGUGUUAUGUACCUAGUACUAAGGAAGCGUAAAUAAAUGUCAGCAGCUAGUUAUUUCUGUCACUACAGUACAAAACCAAAUUCCAGUAACCAUUUUGUAUAUAAUCAUUUACAUGGUUUUGUAGUAAAGGUAUUGUUUCUCUAAGAAUGUACUGUGUUCUUGAUAUGAAACAGAAUAAAAAAUAAUGGCAGGUUUAAUGGAAUGCCAGGCACCUACAGGUCAGGGAUCUGAGCAGGACAGAGCCAAGUUGUUUCUUUUACGUAUUUCAUCAUCAUAAAUGGUUUCCCUUUACUAGACGUUAACAGUUUGUUCCUGGCCUCUAGUCGAUUACAAAUAAAGCCCGUGAAAAUUAAUUUGUAAGCAAUAUGCUAACUAUAUUCCUGGAUCAGAUGUAUCCCUUUGGGAAGGGAUGAAUAUAGGGGGAGUAAAAAAUAAGGCCCAGACCACAGUGGAUAAAGGGAACCAUUACAAAAGCCCAAAGCUGCACUCAGUGCGUCUGUUCUGGCAGAGGACUAGUGUUCUGCUAUUUAUAAUGUGCAGUAAGUGUCAUCAAGCUUUUAUUAAAACCACUUGCUUUGCAGAAGUAAACAACUCCUUUUUGUACUCCAGCAAAUGAUUCUCUUGAUUCUCUUUCACAUUUAAUUUAAGCAUACAGAGCCUUUGGCGGGAGAAUUCAUCAGCAAAUUCACUGCACAACUUGGGACCGGAAUAGUCUGAGCAGUAAGAAAUACCCCACUCAAGUCCUAUAUCCCUUUAUUUUUGCAUUGUGCAUAGUCUUUC